GGAUAAUCGAGAGCUGAUAGACACAGCCAGUAAAGCUGAAUGGACAUUAGAAUGUGAUAGGAAAGUGCUGCAAUUGAUGCAAAAUCUUGCAUCGAAAAUUGAAAGUCGUGCAACAAAUACAAAAGCUAAAAUGAACAAUAUGAUACUAAGUUUGGACGAAACGAAAGUAAGAAUGAGCAAUUUGACGAGAAUUAAUGAUAUUAAGAAUACUGUGUAUUGUGAAAAUCUAAUUACGGAUGAUCAUUUGGAACCAAUUCAAGAAGUGCCUAAAACAACUGUCAAGUUGUCUACAAAUAUUGCCAUUCAAAAUGGAUUAAAAUUAAUGGAAAAUUGCUUCGAACGGCAUCGAGUUAAUCUAGAUCCAAGUAGUAAUCGAACAGAAAUUUCUACAGUCUAUAGACCUAUUGAUAAAUUCUAUAGUCCAUUACCAUAUUUAAUUGGAGAAAAGAAUUGGAAGGAAAAGUGGCAUUUAGGUCUAAUUGAGGAAGAUAAAUACUCUCAAACUGGAUCAACUUAUGCUGAAUCUGUAGAAUCAAAUAUCACAUCAAACUCAAGAGUCGAAAGCGAUAAUUUAAUAGCAUCUGAAUCUAAUUUAAUGGCUUCACAAACAAGCUUAUCAAAAUCAAACAGUUCCAUCGGUGAUCAAAUGAUAAUAAACAAGCAAGUCGGUUUGUUUGAUGAGGUUUAUACAAGCGAACAAAUCACACCAACCAUUAAGCAGCCAACAACAACAACAACAACUCAAUCGACAUUCUUCGCUCCCCAACAAAGUGAAAGGAAAAUCGUUAAUUUAUUUGAUGAUGAACCGCCUGAAUUAACGGUUGAAUCGUCUCACAAUCGCAAACCUGUAAAUUUAUUCGAUGAUGUUGAUUCAGUACUUUCCAUGCCAUUACCCGAGCCAGAAAUGAUUGAAAAGCCAUUGCCACCAGUUGUUGAUUUAUUCAAUGACAAUGAAUUUGAUAAUUUCAUUCAAAAAAUCGAAAUCAAUCAGCAGAAAAAUCAGACUGAAACUCCAAAGAAAGAUGAAACUGUGAAAGACGAGAAGAAAGCUAACAUGCAACGCGAUAUGAAAAAUAUUGCAGCUGAGAUUAAAAAUGUGCAUUUAAGAAAAACUGAGAAUGUAAUACGUGCUGAGUCUACAGUUACUAAAACAGUUCAAGCUCCACAAGCUGAUAAAAAAGUUAUUGCUGAUAAUAAACAAGAAGUAAUAAAGACUGAAGUUUCGCCAGAGCAAAAAGCUCCGGAUACAGUGAGUAAAAAAGUUGAUCUAGUGAUAAAGUCAACUCCAACAGUGAAAGCUCGUCAGAAAAUAACGAAUCUAUUUGACGACGAUGACGAUGAAUCCGAAGACUUUUUCACCAAAAUAAUCAAGCAAAAAGAUUCAAAAUUAUCUCAAUUGAAAAAAGAAGAACCAAUCAUGCAUAAAAGCACGCCUGAAAUAAAGAAGAAUGUUAAUUUAUUUGAUGAUGAGGAUGACGAUGACUUCGAGAGCAUUUUUAAUAAAAAGCCGUCAAUCAAUGUUUCAACUCCAAAAGCUGAUACAAUCCCAGUAAAUACCAGAAAAUCUGAGGAAUCUGACAUGCAAAAAGGUUAUCAAACUCAUCCCUCAAUGUCGCAGAAUGUAGAAAAUACGAACGAAAAAGCAGCUAGUAAUGACAAACCGCAAACGAUUGAUAAAAUUAAACGACAUAAAAAAUUAUUCGAUGAUGACGAAGAUGAAAAUGACAAUGUAAAUAAUAAUAAUAGCUUAUUUAAGUCAGAAGAGUUGACGAGCAGUAAAACAGGUCAAGAAUCGGAAAAGAAAAUAAUAAUUGUAAAAGAAAGAGAAUCAGAACAAGCUAUGGGUGGUUAUUUAUCAGCUGUAAAGGAAUAUAUUUAUAAUCAGUCCGAUGAAGUCGUUGAGUCAUCAUCCUCAAUUGCUCAUGAAGAUCUACAUAAAAAUGACAUCGUUGAUAAAAUUGAAGAAAAUCUGCCAAUUAAUGAGAAUGAUUUAUUUAAAGCGAACAAAUCAGACGCAAUUAUCGCUAAUUGUCCAGAUAAUGAUAAUGAUGCAGUGCCAAACAUCGAAAGUGAACCAGAAAAUCAAAAUACGGUAGUGAAUAAUCAGACAGAGAAAAAUAAUAUUAAUUAUGAGGCAAGGACAGACGUUAAUACUUCCUUAUCAAAGGAGUUUAAUAACCCAGUUUUAUUUUUGGUGGAUGAGCCGCCAGAUGAUAAUGACAUUUGGGAUACAGAUGAUAAUAAUUUUGAGGAUCCAGAAGAACGGGAAGUGUUGAAUCAAAAUACAUCUAAUUAUUUAGCAUUUAAUGAAAUUCCACCAGAUGAUGAUUAUAUUAAUCAGCCAAUUGAAAGUUUGACUCAUAUUGAAGAUGAUGAUGAGGAUGACGAUGACUUUUUGUCAGCUAAAUCAGACAUUUUAUCACAAAAGACGGUCAAAAAGGAAUCAUUAGCAGACAUUUUCUCUCCAAAAUCACAAAAGAAGGAUUCUGGAGUUGAAAAUGUACCAAAAUCAACACAGCUAUUUGGAAAUGAUUCUGGGGACGAGCUUUUAAUUCCAAAAUUACCUAAAAUUGACGACAAAAUAAGUUCUUCAAAAUUGUUUGAUUUUGAUGAUGAGUCAGAUGAGUCACAAUCGCAAACUGGAAUUUCCAAGGUCAUUGAAUCAAAACACAAUGAUAAAUUGUCUGGUCAUAAAACUAUAGCUGAAUUGCUCUCUAAAAUUAAUAGUAAACCAGAAACUUCUACAGAACAGACACAAAGUGAUGGUUUAAUUCCAACAACAAAUGCUAAUCAGGCCAAAAUUAUAGACAAUAGCUCAAUAAAUAUAGAGCAAGAUCCUACUCUAAUCAAUAAAAGUCUUAGUACCCAAAAAAUAAUUAAAACUGGACCUAUUUCUGCCACAAAAGAAGCUCAAUCAUCUGCAAUCCGUCAAAAUGAACAAAGUCCAAUUAAAAGCAAUAUUAAAAGUAAGCUCGACAUGUUUACAAAGCCACAAGAACAAUCAACUGCCCAACAAGACUCACCACCGAAGAAAUUACCUGGAAAAUUAAAUAAGACAUUAGCGAUAAAUGUGAAUGCCCUAAUGCCUGGUGCACGAAUUCCUAGAAAAGCUAAAGUACAGUCAGAAGAUAGUUUUGAUUCUACGCCGUCUCAAGAGGAACUGGAUUCAUCAUCAUCAUCCACAGAUAAAUCAUUGACUGAAAAAUCAGCAUCUGUUACUGAAAAGUCAACUUCUGUCGCUGAAAAAUCAUCAAUAUCAGAAAAGUCACCUAAUUCAGGUCUACUUAACAAUGACUUGACAAAAUUAAGAGCUAAAAUUCAAGUUAAACGCCGACCAUCCACAAGACGAGGCAGACAAGCAAUUUACGAUCAGACGCUAAACACAAACAUUGUUGCGGAAUCGAUUGAUAAUGACGAUGAAAAGUCACAUGUUGAUAAUGCUGCAACUGAAGUAAAACAAACAGACAUUGUAGAACCAAUUAUUACACAAUCAAAUUCAUUAUCAGGCCGAGAAUUGGUCGAUGAAAUUGCGCAAGCGGUUAAAGUAAAAAGUAAUCUCGUUGAAUCAAGUUCUCGUGUUGAAAAAAAGUCAGAAGAGGCUAAAAAUAUUCAAGAUCAUAAGCAUGUCAAUGUCAAGUCAAACAUUUUGGAUUUCUUUGAUGAUGAGCCACCACCAUUUGAUAGCUAUGCAUAUGUUGAACACGAUAAGGCUACAAAAACAGGAGUAACAAGUAAAAGUCGUGUAUUUUAUGACGAUAAGGACGAGACACGAAAAAUGUUGGAAGAGGAAAAGAAAAAGUCUAGUGAAAAGGGUUCGUCGUUGCUGUUUGAUGAUAAUUCCAAAAAUGAUAGUAAAAAGUCAGCUGACAUCACGAAAAAAGCACUUUUUGAUGACGAUUCAGACAAUGAUCUCUUUCCAGCAUCUAAAAUUGUUACAGAAAAGCCAAAAAAAAAUGAGAUUGAAAAGAUAAAGGAAGCUCCAAAGUCACUGUUUAAUGAUGACGAUGAUGAUGACUUAUUUGGCACAGUAAAGAAAAAAGUUCCUGAAAAAUCGACAAAACUUUUUGACAGCGAGAAUGACAAUAAACUAGAUGGCUCUAUAAUAUUCUCUAAAUCAACAAGUAGCACCAAACCAAAGAAACAAUCGAUUUUUGGAGACGAUGACUAUGAUGAUGAUGAUGAUUUGUUUAGUUCGAAGCCAAAAAGUGGAUCUUUAACUUCACCAUCUGUGACUAAACCAAUUUCAUCAUCAACUGUUGCAUCAAAAUCAACCCCAUCGGCUGGAGUAAAAAAAACUGCGAGUACAGCUGUUAAUGAUCCAUUAAAAGAUUUAAUGGGAAAUUAA